GUAUUUCUAUGAUGCAUAUUAUACCAAACCUUCAGCAUCAAGAAGAAGGAAUAACGAUGACCAAUGCUUUCAUCAUUCUUCGAAAUAUUAUGCACAAACAUAUCCAAUGUUUAUUCGAUCAAGCGCGUACUCCGAGACCAUGUAAUGGCAAUGUAUCUAAAUACAUGAGCUCUUAUUGGUGUGAACUGGACGACCGACUUAAAAGGGAAUUAAAAGAGAUGGUUAACGAAUUCUACGAAAGUAACAUAUUUUAUCAUAUCAAAGAGUCCACUGUGAAAAGCACCAUUGAUCCCAAUAUGGAGGAAUACACUUUAGGCUUGAAUAAUCUUAUUCGAGAUACCGAAAUUGAUCCCAUCCACGAUAUGAAUAAUGUCUUUAAUCACGAGGUAUCAAAUACGGACUACUUAGGUUCAAACAAUUACAAUUUUAAUAAUUACGAUUUUAACAACUACAAUUUAAAUAAUCAUGACUUGAACGAUUGUAAUUUGAGCGAUCAUAAUGAUUUUGACGCUUACAAUUUGAAUGCUCACUAUUUAAAUGAUCACAACACAAGCGACUACAAUUUGAAUAAUUAUAAUUCAAAUGAUUACAACUCAAGUGAACACAAUUUGAAUAAUUAUAAUUCAAAUGAUUACGACUAA